AUGUCAACUCAAGAAGCGCCUGCUGUCCGACACAUGCAAUUAUUUGUAUGUGUUGACGAAGGUGUGUCCGCAGACCCUUUCCUGGAGCCGAAGCCAGGUUGCGGGUUGCCGCCUCCUACCAUCUCGUACAAGUCACCACGGAUGUCCGGCAACGUCAGACUCUCUUAUGUGUUGUCCUCGCUCAAGGCAAGUCGCAGCUCUCGGCUUUUGCUCUCGGCGGAUUUGCAUGAAUGCGUCCUGGGCAAUAUAGCGCCGUCGUCGUCGCAGGAAGAGACCAUCCGUCGUCUCAUUAAGGCCACGCAAAAUCAACUACAAUCCAUCGGCCAAAGCACUGCAAAUGCCCCUCACGAAAAGAACAUUCUUGCUGCUUUCAGGCUGGCGCACGUCUGCAGGCAGUGGCGUGGUGACGCGCGUUUCUGGACACGACUUCGGCUCGCGGGUAAUCAGGCCUGCGGCGCGGAGGCCUUGCUUCAGGUCGGAGCGUGGUUUGAGCGUGCGCGUGCAUUGCACGUGUCCCUAACUGUCGUCUGCACCGACGAGGGCUGCGAGCCUGGAUCAGAGCACCUGCUCAUGGAGCCUCGUUUUGGGGACCUGGGGCCCUAAAUUGGAGAGCUUAACGUCGAGGGCCCUCCUUGGAUGGCGGCUGCUGUGCUCACCCAUCCUCCGUCUUCAUUGCUCGCGAACGCCUUAGGGGACCCCCC